CCCAAAGCCCAAACGCAAACAACACCUUGAGAGGAGAAUUAAAGCUUCAGCUUCCCUCCUUACUGGAGAACCUUCCUCCGUCGCGCCAGAAUUCGCCACCGGCGGCAGCGGAGACCUAAACUACUAAAUUUCCACCCCAAAUCCUUCGUCUACACAACCUUAACCUAAAUCUGCCAUUAAAUUUCACAAUUCCUGAUUAUACAUCCAAACUGGAGUGGUGCUGUACAUGAACCCUAAAUACAAAUGGUAAAAUUAAACUCUAAAACGAUGGAAUCAAAACCCAAUAGGUUGGGGUUUUGAUUCCCCAAGCUUCGAGCUACAUCUUGUAUCCGAUUCAAAGUGAAACAAGGAAGAAAUCGACUUACCUAUGGAGAAGACGAAGACGACGACGAACUUCCAGUUAAAGUUAAAAGAAAAUUGGCUUAUGGACCCUGUUAUAAAGAAUGGAGUUAAUGGUUGGUGAAAUGAAUAUAAGUGGGAUGUGAAGGUGCACCGUUGUAAUAGAGUUUCACUUGUGCGUUCAGAAAGAAGGGUUCUGCAUUUGGCCUAGUGUAUUGCAUUGAAUGAAUUUUGAAGAAAUAAUGCAGGAAUUAUGGCAUGCCCUUUCAAGCUGUCCAAAGACAACAUUGAACUACAGUUUGCCACCAAUCACAUAGGGCAUUUUCUUUUGACAAAUCUUUUGUUGGAUACUAUGAAGAAAACAACACGUGAAAGUAAAAAAGAAGGAAGAAUUGUUAAUGUUGCCUCAGAGGCUCACAGGUUUGCAUAUCCCGAAGGAAUCCGUUUUGACAAAAUCAAUGACCAAUCAAGUUAUAACAACUGGCGUGCAUAUGGGCAAUCCAAGCUUGCUAACGUUUUACAUGCCAACCAACUUACAAAACAUCUCAAGGAAGAUGGUGUGAAUAUUACUGCAAAUUCUCUUCAUCCAGGAACAAUUGUCACCAACCUUUUCCGUCAUAACAGUGCAGUGAACGUCAGUGGAGAUCCUUGGUCAAUUAUUGGAAAUGAAACGAAUAUUAAUGUUGAAACGGAUCGUACGUCUAUCUUUGAACGUAACAAGAUUGCACUCCGAUUAGAGGUGUUAUGCGACAAUACCUGCCCCGCUGAUGGUGUUGGCGUUUAUAACCCUGGCUUCUGGGGCAUGAAUAUUGAGCAAGGGAAGAAAUAUAAAGUUGUUUUCUAUGCUCGUUCAACUGGGCCACUUAAUCUAGCAGUUUCGUUCACUGGACCUAACGGCGUGGGAAACCUCGCUUCAACCGUGAUCACGGGUUCUGCAUCUGAUUUUUCAAACUGGACCAAGGUUGAGGUUGUAUUGGAGGCCAAGGCAACGAGUCGAAACUCGAGACUUCAAUUAACGACAACUGCAAAGGGUGUAAUAUGGUUGGACCAAGUGUCUGCUAUGCCAGUGGACACAUAUAAGGGACAUGGUUUCCGAAGUGAUCUUUUUCAAAUGCUGCUAGAUAUAAAACCAAGUUUUAUCAGAUUUCCAGGUGGUUGUUUUGUCGAAGGCGAGGCUUUAAGAGAUGCAUUUCGAUGGAAAGCUUCAGUUGGACCUUGGGAGGAGAGACCAGGGCACUUCGGUGAUGUAUGGAAGUACUGGACUGAUGAUGGAAUUCAAGUGUGCAUUUUAUACAAAGGAUCAAGUGGACGAAAUCAAAGAGGAGUGGUGUCAAUUCAUGAUAAAGCUCAAUGUUUGUUCAUAAAUUUGUGUAAUUAAUGUGUACAUUUGUAGUAUAUGUUAUGACUUGUAAAUGUGUACAUAAAUUUGUAUAUAUUUUGAUACAUUUAAGGCAAAAUUGGUUUGAAUUGGUAUAUA